AUGGAAUACUUGUCAAGAACACUUCAGACUAUGAGUGGGUUGCCUGACUUCAGAUUUCAUCCAAUGUGUAAGAAGCUGCAACUCACCCACUUAAUUUUUGUUGAUGAUAUCAUGAUAUUCUGCAAGGGGAAUGUGGCUUCAGUGAGUAGAUUAAUGGAAGCAUUAGCACACUUUAAUGUUGCUACUGGUUUGGAGGCAAACUUAGACAAAUCAAGUAUAUUCUUGGCUGGAGUUGAUGAGGACACAAAAAGGAAAAUUCUGACUAGAACUCGAUUCUCAGUUGGUAUAUUCCCAAUCAAGUACCUUGGCCUACCUCUUUCACCAAAGAAAUGGACAAAAACUGACAUAUUAUUCUCUAAUUGA